AUGCUGGGGAUUACUGAGAUUUUUAUAGCUCUAGUAGUGUGUCUCCUGAUUUUGCAGUUCCUCAAGCUGCAGUGGAUGCGUACCCAGCUUCCUCCAGGACCAGCUCCUCUCCCCAUCAUCGGAAAUUUGUGGCUGCUGGACUUCAAACUGCGCCGAGAAACUCUCAGCAAGUUGACCAACAUCUAUGGAAACAUCUACACACUGUGGAUGGGACAGACUCCUCUGGUUGUGCUGAAUGGAUACAAAGCAGUAAAAGAUGGCAUUGUCACCCACUCAGAAGAAGUUUCUGGAAGACCUCUCACCCCUUUCUACAGGGAUAUGAUGGGCGAGAAAGGUAUUUUCCUGACAAAUGGCCACACCUGGAAGCAGCAGAGACGCUUUGGCAUGACAAUUAUAAGAAGUCUGGCACUUGGUAAGAACAAUUUGGAGCAUCAAAUUCAAAGAGAGGCCUGUCACCUUGUGGAUAUCUUCAAAAAUACAGAAGGCAAACCUUUUGACCCCCACACUUCCAUCGUCCGUGCAAUUGCAAAUAUCAUUUGUGCUGUUGUUUUCGGUCAUUGCUUCUCCAGUGAGGAUGAAUCUUUCAGCAAACUCAUCAAAGCUAUUUAUUCUGUGAUCUACUUUCAAGGUACUAUCUGGGGCAGGCUGUACGAUGCUUUCCCACGGCUCAUGCACCAUCUCCCAGGGCCUCACCAGGAGGUGUUUGCAUACAACAACUUCAUGCACAGAUUAGUCAUGGAGGAGGUCCAGGCUCAUGAGAGACAGAACACAGGUGAUCCACAGGACCUCAUUGAUUUCUACCUGGCUCAAAUAACAAAAACCAAGGAUGACCCUACUUCUACAUUCAACAAAGAAAAUAUGGUUCAGACUGUGGUUGAUCUGUUGCUGGGAGGGACAGAAACAACAAGCACCACCCUUCUUUGGGCACUGCUCUACAUGGUACAAUACCCAGAAAUACAAGAAAAGGUUCAGAGGGAGAUAGAGGCUGUUGUGGAACCCUCCCAUGUCAUCAGCUACGAGGACCGUAAGAAGCUGCCCUACACAAACGCUGUGAUCCACGAGGCUCUGCGCUACAGCAACGUCACCUCCGUCGGGGUCCCUCGACAGUGCCUGAGGAGCACAACUCUGCUGGGCUUUCACAUUAAAAAGGGCACGCUUGUGUUGCCAAAUCUGCACUCUGUGGUGUAUGACACUGAGCACUGGGCAACCCCUUGGAAGUUCAACCCAGAUCAUUUCCUAGAUUUGGAUGGCAACUUUGUGAACAAAGAGGCAUUCUUACCUUUCUCAGCAGGGCACCGUGUAUGUUUGGGGGAACGGAUGGCACGAGUUGAACUGUUCAUCUUCUUUACCAAUCUCCUUCGGGCAUUUACAUUCCAGCUCCCUGAGGGGGUGAAGGAAAUCAAUCUGGAGUACAUUUUGGGUGCAAUACUGCAGCCACAUCCAUAUGAAAUCUGUGCUAUUCCACGCUAGUCUGCAACACACUAAAAUGCUGAGAGACUUGAACC